AAAGACAAGCUAGUGAAUGCAUUUUGUUUUGGAAAUUGUUAAAAAUUGAAUGUUGAUGGAUUUUCAUUUGACUAAUUUUCAGAAAACUGCCAUAACCUUCUAGAUUUAAGUGAAUAUUAUUGAUUUUUUGUAGAUUAUGGUUUAAAUUCAGUUUAAAACACUAAAAUAAUAACAAACGGGAUGAAAACUAUUUCAAAUUUUGAAAUGAAUAGAAAAUAACACUCAUGCGCAGAAAAUUAAGAAAUUUUUUUAUGAAGGAUUGGAGCGUCACCUGGCGAUAAAAAGUGGCAUUGGUGGUUUUGUUAUGACGCUAAUGCGGGAAGUUUAAAUAAUUUUUACAUUUAAACGUUUUUUACAUUAAAAAUACGAUGAGUGCAACUUUACAUCUAUGACUAAUUUUAGUAGCUGCAUUGUGUAUAUCAAUUUUAUUAUGCCUACAAGCGCACAUUGUAGUGUGAAAUUUUACAGUAGUUUGCGUUAAGAUUCAAUAGUAUUAUUCACUCAUCAAAAUGAUUGAUGAAGAAGCGCAAUAUGAUGCCCUUCUGGGGGGCUCGGAAGAGCUCCCUUCAAACAUUUCGUUGUCAAAAUUCGUGGCCUGCCGAAGUCAAGAAAUUCAAAUGAUGAAAAACUCCUUACUGUCCCAAUCUGGGUCAAAAUUGGCUUUCCAAACAUUACCAAAGCACAUGAGACGUCGAGCAAUGUCCCACAAUGUUAAAAGAUUACCCCGACGUCUGCGACAAAUCCACUUAAACCAAAUGAAAAAGUCUGGAAUGCCGAAUCAACAAAAACGACCCUCACGGAAAUAUCGUCGCAAACCAAGAAAUCUUCUUGAAGAAUACACCAAAAGGGCUAAUAAAAAAUACAAGUGGCUGCAAACCCACAUUUGGCACGCUAAAAGGUUUCACAUGGUGGAGAAAUGGGGGUACAAAUUGCCAUACCACGCUUGUGAUAAGGCUUUCCGCGCUUGUUACAGGGCAAUGACUCAGCAUUGCCUUUUACAAGACAUUUCAUACUACAGUUGCUUGGAAAUCCACGGCGAUAAAAUAGAGAUUAUCGAAAAAAUUAAGCUUUUGUGUAAACCUGACGGGGGUUUAAGUAUAGGAGCGAAGGCAUUUGCCGAAGGUAAUCGCGAGGGAGAAAUUACUCUGUUCGAAAUUGGGGGUUCGUCCCAAAAAGCCAUCGGAAAAGUUACUUUCCAAUGGCAACCCUCUACUGAUGAAAAGUGUAAGUUAUGGUUGUGGGUUCAUGCCGCAUAUUAUUGUACUACCAAAAACACGCUAGUUGAAUGUUUUAAAAAUACUGAAAUCGAAAUUCACGAACUUAGACUUGAAUUGAGCAGAUUUAGACUCACUGGACCUUUAUCUAAUCCAGUUCUUCAAGACGCACUUGCUCUAAUUGACAUUUUUGAUAUAAAACUAGUACCAGAGUCGCCUCUUAAGAAGUAUGUUGAUUCUCCCGAAAAUAAAGCAGUGAUAAUAAAUCAGUGCGAAUUUUGGAAGAAACUUGAUUCGGUAUCAUCAUUGCACGAAAUUUCUCCUCAUUUAGUAUUACCAUUAAUUGUUAAAGAUCCACGAUUGAACCUUCCAAAAAAACGCAUGAAAAGCGUUUUGACUUUCGGAAAAUUAGAGUUUGAUGACAUUCCGGUGAACAUUUCUGGGAACCCCCUAUGGGACAAAAACAUCAGAAAGUACUCGAAUGAAAAUAAAGUCUCUGAUUCAAAAAUUGUUGAUUUGCAAAGUGGAUUAUUGGUGCCAGGAUCAGAUUUAAAAGGGACUGUAGCUCAUAUACCAAUUAUUCUCAUUCAAAGACCAGGGAAUAAAUUGCACAAUGUUGGGUUGGGAAGUGGCUGGGAUGUUAUCCUACCAACCGCUUGGGCCAAACCAUUUUGGAUUGCAUUUGUUAUGAGAGGAGCAAGAGUUGGAGGUUUGAGAGAAUCAAACUCUAUGCUGUAUGAAAUGGGAAAAUCGCAGUUGCUUCAUCCAGACACUGAAGCAGGUGUUGACGAAGAACUCAGACAUUCAAAUCAGAAUAAGGUUACGUUUUUCAAAAAACCUCCAAAUAAAAGAAUAAAUUACAGUAGAUUUAAAAUAGCGAGUCCGUUUGCUUGCAAUUGGAAACUUUUGUGUAAAGAUUGGAGCAGUAGUUUUACCGGCGAAUUUUCUGUAAUUAGAGAUAAACGAUUACUCCAUUCUAUCAACAGUUUUCUCGAUAGUAAGACACAACCUUUGCCAGAGUACCCCAAAAGUUGCCUUAUUCCCGUAAAAGUGGAGUGUGAAAAGCGAGGCUCACUCGCUGAAUAUGCCAUUAUUUGUGUACCAAAAUGUCAAAGUGAUUUAACAAAAGGUUUGGUGGAACCCAAUUGCGAAGAUAUAAAUAAAGAAAAACGGAAAGAAUUAAGACGUGCACAUCACAGUUUAUUAAAGAAAUUGAGAAAAAAACGUAAAUUAAAUCCGGAGCUUACGCUUCCAGACGAUCACAGUGAAAUCCUACGAAGUUAUACAGAGAAAAUGAGAGCAUUGUGGCUACCUGACGCAACAACCAUAAGAUAUUCCUGUAGCAGGGAAGUUGUGGGAUUUGUUUCAAAAGGAGGUUUUAGUUUUUCGAUUGGGAAAAGUGCAGGGACGGGUUAUAUCAUUAGCGAUUCUUUACCAGAAUUAAUUAAUUUUAGAAAUAGGGUUUUGUUGAGGAAUACUAAUUCAAGACAAUAUAAAACUGCAACUUUACGCGUAAUUGUAGAAUGACUUGAGAAUAUAAAAUUAUAACAGAAGUUUUAUAAUUUGCGUUCUCAAAUACUUACAGCAACACAAUUUUCCUAUUGUAUAAAAUUAAUUUACCUUGUCACAGAAGUGUCUAAAAGGCAAUUAAAUUAGGUGAAAUUCAAAUGCCAAUUUUGUGUAGCAAGUGUAAAACGACGAAUUAUAAAAUUAUUAUAUGUUGGCAUACAAUAUUUUUUAAUUUCGCUAAAGUUAAAUAUUUAUUUUGCUUACUGUUUAUGAUGUCAAGAUCAGAAAAAAAAAUAAA